UUGAGAAUGGGAACCAGGAGUCGAUCGUUCAGUUUCUUGUGUCUGUUCUGUCAUUCACUGAAUUUGUGGGGGUUUCCCCUCGUCCAGAAUGACGAUCGUUCCUACAGCUGGCCAGAUGGAUUGAAGAGAAUUGACUGGCACAACUAUGAGAGUAUUCGGGAAGAUCUGAUGCGUUCAGGAAAGGGUGAACACGGGAAGCCGUUCCCACUGGCAGAGGAAGAUCAGUCUGAUUCAGUGUACAGGGAGAAUGGCUUCAACAUCUAUGUCAGCGACAGCAUCGCCUUGGACCGUUCUCUGCCUGACAUCCGCCAUCCAAACUGCAAGCAGAAAUUGUACUUGGAGAAACUGCCAAACACCAGCAUCAUCAUCCCAUUCCACAACGAGGGAUGGUCAUCACUCCUGCGGACAGUGCACAGUGUGGUCAACCGCUCACCGGACCAGCUGGUGGCAGAAAUCAUUCUGGUGGACGAUUUCAGCGACAGGGAGCACUUGAAAGAACGCUUAGAGGAGUACAUGGCCAGAUUCCCAAAAGUGAGGAUCAUACGCACCAAAAAGAGAGAAGGUCUGAUACGAACCAGGUUACUUGGAGCUUCGGUGGCCAAAGGUGAAGUGUUGACCUUCCUGGACUCCCACUGUGAAGCCAAUGUGAAUUGGCUGCCGCCAUUGCUUGACCAGAUUGCACAGAACCGCAGGACGAUCGUCUGCCCGAUGAUUGACGUUAUUGACCACAACCACUUCGGUUACGAGAUGCAGGCUGGAGACGCCAUGAGAGGCGCCUUUGACUGGGAGAUGUACUACAAACGCAUCCCCAUCCCGCCAGAACUUCAGACAGCCGAUCCCAGUGAGCCCUUCGAGUCCCCUGUCAUGGCUGGAGGCCUUUUUGCCGUGGAUCAGCGGUGGUUUUGGGAAUUGGGUGGCUAUGACCCAGGACUGGAAAUCUGGGGAGGGGAGCAGUAUGAGAUAUCGUUCAAGGUUUGGAUGUGCGGAGGACACAUGUAUGACGCGCCUUGCUCCCGAGUUGGUCACAUCUACAGAAAGUACGUCCCAUAUAAGGUUCCCUCUGGCACCAGCUUAGCAAGGAACCUGAAGCGAGUGGCAGAGACGUGGAUGGACGAGUAUGCGGAGUACAUCUACCACCGGCGGCCCGAGUACCGGCACCUCUCCACCGGCGACAUCACGGCUCAGAAGGUCCUGCGGAAACACCUCAAGUGCAAGGACUUCAAGUGGUUCAUGACAGAAGUGGCCUGGGACCUCCCAAAGUAUUAUCCACCGGUGGAGCCCCCGUCCGCUGCCUGGGGAGAAAUCCGUAAUGCGGCCACGAACCGAUGUGUCGACAGCAAGCACGGGGCGACAGGAGCAGAGCUAAGGCUGGACAUCUGCAUCAAGGAUGGCUCUGAGCGCACAUGGUCACAUGAGCAGAUAUUCACCUUUGGUUGGCGAGAGGACAUUCGGCCUGGAGAGCCACUUCACACCAGGAAGUUCUGUUUUGAUGCUGUCUCCCACAGCAGCCCUGUCACUCUGUAUGACUGCCAUGGUAUGAAGGGCAACCAACACUGGCGUUAUCGGAAGGAUAAAACGCUUUAUCACCCAGUGACCAAUAGCUGCAUGGAUUGCAGCCUAGCCGACAAGAAGAUUUUUAUGAGCCGAUGUAACCCCACAGUGCACACUCAGCAGUGGAUUUUUCAACACGUCAAUUUAACUGUUCUGGACAACUUCAACAGUAACUCCAGCUCCUAGGGAUAUCUUUGCCGAAGCAGAGGUUGUGCACAUUUGGCGAGUCAGUCCUUUGGCUGGAACUGACAGCAUCCAGAUCGAUUUGUUCAGGUGUCGA